CAAGCUGUACCAAUCAGAUACUAGUUUGGUUCCAGACAAGGGCGUGAUUGGACACUGUAUCUGUCAAUCUUAUAAGGAAAAGCCGUUGCUUGUGCUCUGGCAGACAAAACUCUGGGCAAACAUUGGCUACUGGUCCUAACUGCCGUCAUUUCCUGUAGUCGUCCAUAGAAAUGCCUGUGUGACGAAGCAUCGAGGCUGUUGGCCACGUUUUUGAGAAAGAUGUGUUGUUAGUUUUUGGUCCCUCUCGGUCAAGAUAACGUCGACAAACAUUUGAUCGUUUUUGUUAAUUGCUAACGUUUGGAAAGACAUCGUAGGAGGAAAAGUUUUCUAGGAAAAUGAGUGGCGGGUUUAACUUCGGGCAGCCCUCUGCGGGCUUUACCUUCGGAGCUCAGAAGACCACAGCCACAGCCGCAGCCCCCGGCACGGGCUUUGGGCUGACAAGCUCCACACCUGCAGCCCCCGUAGGGGGCUUCACCUUCGGCACUUCCAGCCAGGCCAACACCAACUCUUCGGGCACUUUUAGCUUCGGCACCCCAGCGAAGAGCACAGCGGCCGGCGGAGGAUUCUCUUUUGGGACCCCCAGCACCACAUUCGGUCUGGGUACGACUCCUCAAACUACAGCAGCGACAGGGUUGACUUUAGGCUCCACGGCAGCUCCAGCUGCGGGGUCAGGGUUCACCUUGAGCGGCGGUUUGUCCGCUCAGACCACCGCUGCCGCCCCUGCAGGAGGUGGAUUCACCUUUGGGACCGCUCCUCAGGUUCAACCCCAACUUGCUGCUGCAGCAGCUGCAGCAGCAGCAGCAGCAACAGCCGCGCCAGCAGCAACGACAGCAUCAGGUGGCCUCUCGUUUGGAGGGUUCAGCUUUGGAGCUUCAAAGGUCCAGGUGACCACAACUGCAGCCGCUACCGCUCCCACAGGAGGAGGCUUCAGCUUCGUCACCAGUGCUCCCACCAACCUCACCCUGGGCACCCAGCCCCAGCCAGUCUCCACCGCUGCAGCCACAACAGGUCAGAGUGGAGGAUUUGCCAUUGGGAUUAAACCUGCAUCGACCCCAGCUCCGCCUGCAUCGACCCAGCCAGCCCCAGCUUCAGGUCCCUCUCUCUUUGCGACACCUAUCUCUACAGCUGCAGUUACUGCCACUGCAACGGGCACAGGCUUUACUUUGGGUGCAGCUCCAACUUCAGCAGCAAGCACUACUCCUGCAACAUCCACAGCAGCUGGUGGAGGUCUGUCUUUUAUGCUCAAACCUCUGGGGGCAGCUACCGCCACCUCCACCUCCACCUCUGUCCCCGCCUCUACUGCCACAACUGCAGCUGCCACAACAGGUGCUGCCACAUGCUUUACACUGGGACUCAAACCUGUGUCUGGCACAAGUACCACAACAACUGCCACAGCCACAGCGAUCACUACAACCACGGCUCCUCCAGUGAUGACCUACGCCCAGCUAGAGGGUCUCAUCAACAAGUGGAGUCUUGAGCUUGAGGACCAAGAGAGACAUUUCUUGCAGCAGGCAACUCAGGUGAACGCCUGGGACCGCAUGCUGGUGGAGAACGGAGAGAAGAUCACAGCCCUGCACAAGGAAAUGGAGAAGGUGAAGCUGGACCAGAGGAGGCUGAACCAGGAGCUGGAUUUCAUCCUGUCCCAACAGAAGGAGUUGGAGGAUUUACUCUGCCCGCUUGAGGAGUCGGUGAAAGAGCAGAGUGGAACCAUCUACAUGCAGAACGCCGAUGAGGAGCGUGAAAGAACGUACAAGCUUGCAGAGAACGUGGAUGCACAGCUGAAGAGGAUGUCCCAGGACUUGAAGGAGAUCAUCGAGCACCUCAACACAUCCAGUGGCCCAGCAGACACCAGUGAUCCACUUCAGCAGAUCUGUAAAAUUCUCAAUGCCCACAUGGAUUCACUUCAGUGGAUCGAUCAGAAUUCAGUCCUUCUGCAGAGACGGGUGGAGGAAGUGUCCAAACUGUGUGACAACCAGCGCAAGGAGCAAGAGAAAACCUUUCGUUUAACAUUUGACUGAUCUGGAAUAAAUAUGUUGCCCCCGUA